CUUUGUACCUAUUAAGUAGCCACUCUCCAUUCCCCCAUCCCUUGGCAACCACUAAUCUGCUUUCUGUCUCUAUAGAUUUGCUGAUUAUGGAUAUUUCAUAUAGAUGGAUUCAUACAAUAUGUGGCCUUUUGUGACUGGCUUCUUUUGCUUAGUAUUAUGUUUUCAAGGUUCGUCAUGUUAUAGUAUGUAUCAGUACCUCAUUCCUUUUUUUGUGUGUGUGUGCUGGGCCACGCAGCUUGCAGGAUCUUAGUUCCCCUACCAGGGAUUGAACCUGGGCCCUUGGCAGUGAAAGCGCAGAGUCCUAACCACUGGACUGCCGGGAAUUCCCAGUACUUCAUUCCUUUUUAUGGCUGAAUAAUAGUCAUUGUAUGUAUAAACCUCAUUUUGUUUAUUCAUUUAUCUGUUGAUGGAUAUUUGGGUUGUUUUCACCUUUUGACUAUUGUGAACAGUGCUGCUAUGAACAUACAUGUAUAAAUUUUGGUUUGAACACCUGUUUUCAAUUCGUUGGGCUAUAUCCCCAGGAGUAGAAUUGUUGGAUCACAUAAUAAUUCUAUGUUUGACUUACUGGGGAACAUCUUAAUAUUUUCAAAAUUAGUUUUGUUUUUGCUUUUGUUUAUCUGCUAAUGCUGUUUUGGAGGAUGCAUUACCAGGGCCAUAAGAGUGAGGCAGAAAAAGGAGGAAAGCAAAUACCUACAGUUUGUCUUUUUCAAAAAAAAGAUUUUUACAUAACCAUACUACCUACCAUUAUUGUGCCUAACACAGUUAACAGUGUGUAUUCUUCUCUUUACUAAACAGGGAACACUUCCAGCAGCCACAUGGGAUGCUAUUCAGGUGCCAUCUGGAAUGAGCUCUUCCCCAGAAGGUCUCAUGCAGGUUCUGUGCAGUGAUGGGGAAACUGCAGAGCAAACUCAAAUACAGCACUUAUAAAUACAGCAGGCCCGAUGGAUUUAGAGACGAGAGAAUUCAAACUAAAGCUUUUCAAGAGUAUAGCCCAGCUCACGUGGAUACCGUCUCUGUUGUUGCUGCUCUGAACUCAGACCUCUGUGUCUCCGGAGGAAAAGAUAAGACAGUUGUGGCCUAUAACUGGAGAACUGGAAAUGUGGUGAAAAGGUUGAAAGGACAUGAGCGUGAAAUCACAAAGAUAGCUUGUAUUCACAAAUCAGGCCAGUUCUUCAGUGCCUCUCGCGACAAGAUGGUCAUGAUGUGGGACUUGCAAGGCUCCUCACAACCAAGGCAGCAGUUCUCCGGCCACACCAUGGUGGUCACUGGAUUGGCUGUGAGUCCAGACACAUCACAGCUAUGCACUGGCUCUCGUGACAACACCCUCCUUCUGUGGGACGUGGGGACCGGACAGCGUGCGGAGAGAGCGUCAGUCUCCAGGAACCUGGUCACUCACCUGUGCUGGGUCCCCAGAGAACCUUAUAUACUCCAGACCUCUGAAGAUAAAACCAUCAGAUUAUGGGACAGUCGGGGCCUGCAGGUAGCUCAUGUAUUUCCCGCAAAGCAGCACAUCCAGACCUACUGCGAGGUCAGUGAGGAUGGACACAAGUGUAUCUCCUGCAGCAGCGGCUUUGGAGGGGAAGGCUGUGAAGCCACGUUGUGGGACCUAAGGCAGACGCGGAACAGAAUCUGUGAGUACAAGGGGCACUUCCAGACCGUAGCAUGCUGUGUCUUUCUACCAAGAGCAUUAGCCUUGAUGCCUGUGAUUGCUACCUCAUCGCAUGACUGCAAGGUGAAGAUCUGGAACCAAGAGAGUGGAGCCUGCCUUUUCACCCUGUCUCUGGAUGGAUCAGGACCUUUGACUUCCCUGGCUGUGGCUGACACCGUCUCCUUAUUGUGCGCAAGUUUCAGCAGAGGAAUUCGCUUACUCAGGGUGGACCAUAGCCGAGGGCUGGAACUGCAGGAAGUGGCAGGAUUCUGA